GUUAGUUGUCAGCCCGGCUUCGUAGUGAGCGGACGUGCGCGUUUCACGGUCUCGCUGUCUUGCAGCCCGCAUUACAUACGUAUAUAUAUAUAUACAUAUAUAUAUAUAUAUAUAAAGUACACAGAUAUUACUAUACGUACUUCGCGUAUACGCCAAGUAUAUAUACCGCGUUCGCGCCGUCGUCGAGCUCACGCAGUGCAACGACGCGUUACGUGUCGGAUCGGCUGUCACCCCCGCGCACUGUCGCGAGAGCGCGCGAGUUCAAGUUCACCUCGCCCGUAAGGAAGGCGGGAAAGGAGGAAGAGGAGAUCGCCCUCGCGUCGCGCCUUCUCCAGUGGCUGUUAUAGUCGAUCGUUUUUUUCGGGAGUGUCUCUUCUUGUCGUUGUCUUCUCUGUCGCGAGUGUUUUCCCCGCCAGCACGCGCCCGGAGUAUAUAGCAACGCACUUGUACCCGUACGGUUUUUUUCGUCGCGAGAGUGCCCCCGGGUGGAUUAACACGGUCCCGUGUCUCGCACACGGCCGGGAGUAAAGUUCUCCCCCUUCCCUCCCCCGUGAGAGAUUCGUGUUACGGGGACGACUGUUAUGCCGCCGCUGUGACACAGCCGCCGCGCGCCGCCGGAGGUUCGAUGAACGGAGCACCGCGUGCCGUUCCCGUUUCGACGAUCGCAACGCGAUAGUUACGCCUGUGGAAACCGUAUACGCGGUGAAACUGUAUAUAUUGAUAUACAACACACAUCUUUUGACUCUGUUUCCGCGCCCCGAAGGUCGGCAGGAGAUCGACGAGAGAGAUCGACAAACAGAGUUGGAUCGCUGUUCCAUCGUGCGCUCCAAGGAGAUCGACGGAACCUUUCAAAAUUGAUGUACUAAGAAGACGAAUUAUGGUGGCAGAGUUUGUCUCCCGCCAGAGUGGAUCGCCCAUCAAUGGUGAGACCGCGUGUCUAAACAGUAACAUGCCGGCCACGCACACAAUGGCCCACAGCGGCGGUCACGGCGCGCCCCACGGCGGGCCUCACGACGCCCAUGGACCUCUCACGGUGCCCCUCACGCAUCCCGGCCAUCACGGCGGGCCCCCGGCCGCGAUUCAGCAGCAGCAGCAUCAGCAUCAACCACAGCAGCAACCGCCGCCGCCGCCGCCGCAGCAGCAGCAGCAGCAACAGCCGCCGCACCAUCAUCACCAUCAUCAGGCCCAGCAGUCGCAGCCGCAGCAGCAACAACAGCAGCAGCAGCAGCACCAUCAUCACGAUCAUCAAACGACGCAUCCCGAGAAUUUCCCGCCCAAUUUCGACAUAAGAAAGGAGCUAUUUUCGCAGCGUAAGCAGCGCGAGUUCAUCCCCGACAACAAGAAGGACGACAGCUACUGGGAUCGUCGCAGACGCAACAACGAGGCGGCCAAGCGGUCGCGCGAGAAGCGCCGAUUCAAUGACAUGGUCCUGGAACAGCGGGUGAUGGAGCUCAGCAAGGAGAACCACAUCCUCAAGGCGCAGCUCGAGGCGAUACGCGACAAGUUCGGCAUCUGCGGCGAGUCCGUCAUCAGCACGGAGCACGUGCUGGCCGCGCUGCCGACGGAACCCACGAUCAGCGUGAAGCGCGCGAAGAUACCGGCGACGGCGGCGAUCCAUCUCUACGCGCGCACGCCCAGCCCGGUGCACACGUCGGUGAUCCAUCAGCCGGUGAGCGGUGCCCGCUCGCCGAGAUCGCCGGCCCAGCUCUACGUACCCGAGACGACCGCCUACCCGGAAACCGAGAGCUUCCAGUAUCCGUACUCGCACCCGGCGAUGCAUCAUUUGGACACCACGAGCGCGCUCAACCUGUCGUCGCGCGGCCGCCGGGCGCAGUCGCCGUUCGAACUGUCGUCGGGCAGCGGCGACGAGGCCGGCCCGCAGAUAGUCGUCGGCUCGCAGAAUAGCCCAGCCGCCAACAACAGCCUGCCCCACAAGCUCAGGCACAAAUCGCGCAUCGGUGACAAGGACGCCGCGAGUGCGCUCCUCGCGCUGCAGGGCAUCAAGCAGGAGCCCGGGCCGCGCGCGUCGCCGCCCUGGGACGAGGGCUCCAGCGACGAGCGCGACUCCGGCAUCUCGCUGGGCGCCGAGUGGACCGGCCCGACCAUCACCGCGGUCUCGGAGAGCGAUCGAGAGGUGAAGAUGAAGCUGGAUCGUCUCGCGUCCGAGGUCGCGAAUCUACAAUCGAUAUUCCGCCUUGGGAAGCCCGUCGCGGUGGCGGCGGCGGCCGCGGCGGCGGACAGCCUGGUGACGGGUCACUCCGCCGCCACGGUCAGCGGACCGUGA